AUGAUUAUAGGUAAUCAUGAGGAUGGAAAUCUUAAUAUUAAAUUGAAUAUUGAUGAGAGAUGUGUAGAUGCUUUAUUAGGAUUACUCAAACUCAAGAGUAUGAAAAAUGCAAAUACUAACAGACCUAAGUAUACAAGAAAGACUGAUUUACAAAAAAGAGUAUUAGACAGGGUAUUUAAAAUAAUUCAAAGACCAAAUAAUGAAUUAAAGGAAAAUUUAUCACUUAUUUUAAGUCUUGAUCCAAAGAUUAUACAAAUAUACUUUCAGAAUAAAAGAACUUUUCAUAGAAGAAUUAAUGGUGAAAUUGAAAAUCAAACUGUUAAACUUAGUUCUUAUGAUCUUUUAAUUAUUUACUAUGAAGAAAGAGCAAAAAAUUAA